AGAGAGAGAGAGAGAGAGAGAGAGAGAGAGAGAGAUGGGUGAAGAGAUACAAGGAGUGAGAGUAAUCGAGGAAUGGUCACCGGUUAUAGUAAUGGUGAUAUCAAAUGUAGCGAUGGGUUCAGUGAAUGCACUUGUGAAGAAAGCUCUUGAUGGUGGUGUGAACCAUAUGGUCAUUGGUGCUUAUCGCAUGGCUAUUUCCGCUUUCAUUUUAGCUCCCUUCGCCUAUAUCUUGGAAAGGAAAACAAGACCGGAACUAACGUUUAGGCUACUGGUCGAUCAUUUCUUCAGUGGUCUGCUCGGGGCAAGUUUGAUGCAAUUUUUCUUUUUGCUUGGUCUGUCGUACACGUCAGCAACUGUUUCGUGUGCUUUGGUAAGCAUGUUGCCUGCAAUCACCUUCGCUUUAGCCCUUAUUUUCAGAACUGAAAAUGUAAAGAAUCUAAAGACCAAAGCAGGAAUGUUGAAGGUGCUGGGAACUCUAAUAUGCAUAAGUGGAGCUUUGUUCUUAACAUUCUAUAAAGGCCCUCAAAUAUCAAACUCACACUCUCACCCAGAGGCUCUUCACCACAGCAACAACGAUCAAGACAAAACUAAGAACUGGCUUCUUGGAUGUCUUUUCUUGACCAUAGGAACCACAUUGCUGUCUCUAUGGAUGCUUUUUCAAGGGACUUUAAGCAUCAAGUACCCUUGCAAAUACUCAAGCACUUGUCUCAUGUCAGUUUUCGCUGCAUUCCAAUGUGCUCUCUUGAGUCUUUAUAAGGGCAGAGAUGUUAAAGAUUGGGUCAUUGAUGACAGAUUCGUGAUUACCAUCAUCGUAUACGCUGGAGUGGUAGGACAAGCAAUGUCGACGGUAGCCACAACAUGGGGGAUAAAAAAAUUAGGAGCUGUUUUCGCUUCAACGUUUACUCCAAUUACUCUUAUCUCAGCUACUCUAUUCGAUUUCCUCAUCUUACACACUCCUCUAUACCUCGGCAGUGUAAUAGGAUCAGUAGUGGCAGUGAUGGGUCUCUACGUGUUCUUGUGGGGUAAGAACAAUGAAACGGAAGCAUCAACUACAUUGCCUCCUCCGAUGGAUAACGAAGACCAAAUUAUUAAUAAUAAUAAUAAUAAUAACGACUCGAAGUCGCCCGUUUAAUUUAGUAGUAUUAUUGUUAUUGCAUAUUUCAAAUAUCUGUUCUAAUGUUUAAGGAGCUAGAGACAAGGAGAGAUCGAAUAUUCUUAUUUGAAGUAUGAAACCCCAAACAUCA